UUCAUUAAAUUGGCGGACAGACCCUGCACACACAAUUUACUCAAAUGUAACACAUUUAUUUGAUAUUUCAAACUAUUCCUGAUACUGAUAUAUAUUUGCGAUGGCAAAUAUUCCAGCGGCAGAAAAAGCGGCGCGCAGCCCGAAGUGCGCCAGGUGUCGGAACCACGGUUUCAUCGUGCAGUUAAAAGGCCAUUCGGGAAAAUGUCAGUUCAAGCAGUGUCUGUGCUGGAAGUGCUCUCUCAUCAACGAGCGGACGAGAAUCCUCGCGUCUCAACGGCGGAUCAGAACCGAGCGUCCCGAGCAGACCGCUUUAUCCAGCAGAAAAACGGUCUCCGCGGGUAACAGUACUUCUACUAACGGGGUAACGUUAAACAGUGAAACCGACAUCAGCGCAACAAAGAAGAGUAACGUUACUAUUGUUAAAGCGCCUGUUGAUGAUACAACGUACACGGAGCUCCGCGCGCCUGUAAGCACGUGCGGUGCCGUUAGCGCGGUUAACUGUGACCCGAAGACACCGGCGGGACCGAGCGCGCACAAUUGCGCCGUUGGAGAUGCUCCACCUUUUCCUGGAGAGUACAUAAUUAAAGAGGCAGUUCCAGGGCAAAUUUAUCCAUCAGAAAUGUUUGCGAUGCCUCUUCCCCUGUACCAGCAUUACCCGGACAGAUACAUGUUCCCAGCCGUGCUGGUGACCCUGAGACCCCCUGCACCAGGAGCCUUCAGGGAACAUGUUGGAUUUGUUCCCUUGCCAGCAGGGGCGCUGUCCCAUCCGCUGGAGACUCCUGAAUGGCAAGUAUGUUUAGCAGGCAUGAUUUUUCUGCAAUGGCAUCCAUUCAAAUUCCUACAAACUAUUAUGUUAGUAAGACAAAGACAGCAUUGUCCAUUGUAGUCAGUGUGUUAGCUUGUAUAAAACUGGGUGAGCUAAGUCUUUGAUACAUAAACGAUCAAUGGUUCGGGGUCAGCAAAAAUUUUUUUAAAAGAAAUUAUAAUUUUUAUUUAGCUAGGACUCAUUAAAU